AUGUUAACGGCAAUCAAGGCGAUUCCCGGCAUAGGAAACGGCAACAAAGGCGAUUUCCGACCAAGGCGAUCGAUAUCUGAUAGCGAGUCACCGUUCGAGAGUGAGCCCAAUGCUUUCGAGGGGGAGUCAUCGGACGGUCUGUUCGAUUCAAAUAGUGAGGCCGUAAGCCUCGAUGCUGAGGACGGAGAAGAUACCGAUGUUGAGAUACUCGGUGAAGGCCCAAGCUCCGUUCCUACCCACAGCAUUGAGAAGGGGCUUAUGACCCAGCACCCCAUGCCAUUGGCUGUGGUAUACAGUGAGGGCAGGUAUGUUGGCGGUGACCAGCACUAUAAGUUCUAG